CCAGUGCGUGGACGCCCCUAGAGCACCGGCUUCCCGGUCGCCGGCCGGGGCGUGCACCGUGCGGCCAGCCGGACCCCACCCGACUGGACUGCUCCACCAGGCUCCGCCCCACCUGAGCCCGCUCUGGGCUGGGAGGACGUCAGCCUCUCUCCCGGCUUGGCCGCCUGUCCUUGCCUCACACCUCAGCUCCGGAGCCUUCAGUUUGGGGCAACCCCGCCCCUCCCCAGAGUGUGAUCGUCCCCCGGCUCUCCCCUCGCCCGGGACCGGCCUCCUUCAGGGGGUCGAGGGAGGGCUCCCCUUAUCCACGUCCUUCUCGCCCCCGGGGACUGGGUUCCCCUCCCCGGCCCCCACUCCACAGCACAGCGGGGACGGGGGCGGCGGAGCCAGGCUCCAGCUGCCUUUUGUUCCGCGUGGGAUGGCAGAGACCCGGCGGCCCUGUUGGGCGAGUCCGGGUGGGCGAACCGCGCGUGGGGCCGGCCUCUUCCGGGAGACCCUCGUUCUCCUGUGUGCCGGCUCCCUCGGAGCGCGAGCCGAGCGCGUUGGGAGAGGCAGGCCAUUCCUAGAGGAGUCCCGGCCAACAGGUUUUUGUUUGCAACCUGAAGUUGGCCCGGUGGCUUUGCAGGGGGGCCGGCUGCCGGAGCUCCCUAGAAACCCCAGCACGGAAGGUGGCAUGGCUUCCAGCUUCUGGGACCUGAGGCUUUGGAGGAGGAAAUGACUGUUGAGUGUUUUUCUGUUCCAUCUGCAUCACCAACACUGAAACUUACUAGAGUGCAGGACAGGAAAGUUUCUCUUGAAGGGCUUUACAUUGCUAACCAAGGAUAAAAAUGACAACUUCAUCUAUCAGACGGCAGAUGAAAAACAUUGUGAACAAUUACUCAGAGGCUGAAAUCAAAGUUCGGGAAGCCACGUCCAAUGACCCUUGGGGUCCAUCCAGCUCUCUGAUGACUGAGAUUGCUGACCUGACCUACAAUGUAGUGGCCUUCUCGGAGAUCAUGAGCAUGGUUUGGAAACGGCUUAAUGACCACGGCAAGAACUGGCGGCACGUGUACAAGGCGCUGACACUGCUGGACUACCUUAUCAAGACGGGUUCCGAGCGGGUGGCCCAGCAGUGCCGUGAGAACAUCUUUGCCAUUCAGACUCUGAAGGACUUCCAGUACAUUGACCGUGAUGGCAAAGACCAGGGUAUCAACGUACGAGAGAAAUCAAAGCAACUGGUUGCCCUCCUCAAGGAUGAGGAGCGGCUGAAGGCGGAGAGGGUCCAGGCCCUCAAAACCAAAGAGCGCAUGGCUCAGGUGGCCACUGGCGUGGGCAGCAACCAGAUUACCUUUGGCCGUGGCUCCAGCCAGCCAAACCUUUCUACCAGCUACUCGGAGCAGGAGUAUGGCAAGGCUGGGGGCUCACCAGCCUCCUACCAUGGCUCGCCAGAGACCUCGCUGUGUCCCCAGCACCGCACGGGGGCCAUGCUGGGUCAGAGUGAGGAGCUGCAGCCACUGAGCCAGCGCCACCCCUGCCUGCCGCACCUGGGCCUAGCCUCCCGGCCAAAUGGCGAUUGGGCCCAGCCCUGCCUCACUUGUGACCGCGCAGCCCGAGGUUCUCCUAGAGCUCCAGGGAGCUUCCUCUCCUUUUCCUCGGCCCUAAGCUGUGACUCAGCUACUUCCCCACGAGUGUCCUCCGAGCUGGAGCAGGCCCGGCCACAGACGAGUGGAGAAGAGGAGCUGCAGCUGCAGCUGGCACUUGCCAUGAGCAGAGAGGUGGCGGAACAGUCAUCAGAAAGCGAGCAGACAGCCAGAGGCAGCAAGGAAGAACGCCUCAGGCGGGGUGAUGACCUCAGAUUGCAGAUGGCUCUGGAAGAAAGCCGGAGAGACACAGUUAAAGUUCCCAAAAAGAAAGAGGUGAAGGCUUGCUGCAAGCCAGGCUCCCACUCACAGCAGACUACUUUGUUGGAUUUAAUGGAUGCCCUUCCCAGCUCAUGCCCUGUUACCCAGAAAACUGAACCCUGGGGUCCAGGGGCCUCUGCUAACCAGACCAACCCCUGGAGUGGAACAGCGGCUCCUGUGAACAUUUCUGACCCCUGGCCGUCAUUUGGUACCAAGCCGGCUGCCUCUGUGGAUCCAUGGGGAGUGCCUACCACAGCCAGCACACAGUCUGUCCCCAAGAACCCAGACCCUUGGGCAGCCUCACAGCAGCCUGCCUCCAAUGCUGGGAAAACAGCAGAUGCCUGGGGAGCUGCCAAGCCCAGCUCUGCCUCAGGGUCUUUUGAACUCUUCAAUAAUUUCAAUGGUACCGCUAAAGAUGACUUUUCUGAAUUUGACAACCUUCGAACUUCAAAACAACCAGCCGAGUCAGGGGCCUCAGCCCCAGCCCAGGACAGCAGAACCACGAGCCCUGACCUCUUCGAGUCUCAGCCCCUGACCUCUGCCUCAAGCAAGCCUAGCAGUGCCCGGAAAACGCCUGAGUCCUUCCUGGGCCCCAAUGCGGCUCUGGUGAACCUGGACUCACUGGUGACCAAGCCUGCCCCACCAGCCCAGUCCCUCAAUCCCUUCCUGGCACCAGGUGCUGCCACCCCAGCCCCCGUCAACCCCUUCCAGGUCAACCAGCCCCAGCCACUGACACUGAACCAGCUUCGGGGGAGCCCUGUUCUCGGGAGCAGCGCGUCUUUUGGUUCUGGUCCAGGGGUGGAGCCCGUGGCCCCCGUGACCUCAGUAGCCCCCCACUCAGCAUUGGGGGCCAGUGGCUCUUCAUUGACCCCACUAGGCCCUACAGCAAUGAAAAUGGUAGGCAGUGUGGGCGUUCCCCCGUCAGCAGCUCAGGCGACGGGCACAACCAACCCCUUCCUUCUCUAGUGCCAGGCUGGGACUUGCCUGAGUGAACACCCAGAGUGCCGAGCCCAAGGAUGUCAAGUGGGGACUCACUCUGAUUUGUAUAGUGGCUGAGAAUAUGGUGGUAGGGGUGUUAGAGCUUCAGGUCCAGCUUCCUGGUGAAAGGGUGGUUGCUGUAGUCCAGACCUUCAGGCUGGAGUACAGGUGGGCUGGCCUCACUGUCCCAGCCGGGCCCGUUUCUCUUCCUGAGUGCUCAGCUCUGCCUGUGCUCCACUGAGGUCUUGAACAAGGAGGUGUUAUCAGUGUUGUCUAAGAUUCUGGGAGGCUGUCUAGCCCAGGACUUGGGACAAUCAUAUUGUGUGCCCUGCCCCCAGUGAUCCUCAGGGUGUGGACAAAGUGAAGCUCUGGCCCCACACCACGCUGACCGGUGAGAAGUGGUUGUGCAUAUUUUAUCUACCUUUGACUCGUGGGAGUCCAAGGUAAGCAGCACCAGUGUGGGGCUUUACGCUGACCAGAGCACAGCCCUGCCCCGUGGCUCUGUGCUUGUGCACGUUUGCACAUUUUGUUGAGUACAGUUUCAUAUUUGAGUUUGCAAAAUUAUCUAAUAGUCUUUUUUUGGCUAAUAUUUUUAUAAUGUGGUUCUUAUUUAACUGUCUAGUUUUGAUAGAAUUGACCAAGUCUGGCUGAAUUAAGGUCUUGGCACGUAUUAUUUUAGUGGUCUAAUUUCUCUUAUUUAUGGUCUUAACUGUAAGAAAACUUUAAAAGAAGAGAUAUUUGGAUGACAAAAAUAUGCCUUAUGGAAAACUAAGCAAAUUCUUUAUAGGAAAAAAAUUCCAGAAUUUGAUUACACAAAAACCAUUUUAUUAAAACAAAAACUUGCAACAGUAACAAACCCUGCAGCCUCCAGUUGCCUUUUCCCUUCCUCAGCUCUUCUGAUGAAUUACCAAAUCAGCUGACUCUUGAGCCUUGUUGCUUAGAUCCUGAGAGGCUUUUUUACUAGUAUACUGACAUCUUAACGUUAAAGGGAAAAACAGACGACACGUGAGUGUGACUGGCAGUUUUUAUCAGCUCCUCCCUGUCUUUGUACCCGGCACACAGGGAUUGCCCGCAACUUCUGUUUACUGCACCCCAGAGGUGCGGCUGACUGCCAUCACCAUGCUCAGGUUAAUGAGAUUGUGUGAAAUGGGGGCGGCUGUGCACUUCUGGGCUCAUAGGUCACCAAGGCCAGUCUCCAAGCUGAGUUAGGACAGGGCCUGACCCUGAUGUGUCUGCUGCCAGCUCCAGCUCAGGCUCUUGACCAGGAAGUGAUCCUGUCUUACUUUGGAGAUGAAAGAUUCCUCACAUGGCGUCGAUUUUUAACAGACGCUCACUGAUGCUAUAUUCCCUCCCAACCUUCCGAAUCCUCACUCUACUCACUCUUAAGGAAAGUAUUAAAUCCUGAAUGAGAGACCACUGACUUGACUUUUCUUCAGAGAAAGGACUGCCCCUUCUUGGUCCUGGCAGUUUGUGUGGCUGGCUUUUCUGCCUUGUCUUGCAGUAUGAACUUCUUACCUUCAACUCCAAGGGCACCCAGCCACCUGCCAGCAGCCCCUCUCUGCAUCCAGAGAAAGUUUUGGUCCUCGGCACCCACAUGGUUGACUCAGUGGUUCCUGCUUGCAGGAGGACUGCACUCACGCCCCUCAUGAGUCUGAGAGCCCACCCGCUGCUCCUAGGCCCCCCACACCAAGGGCCCUUCCCAACUACCUACUUCUCCCAGGACUAGCGGCCUAGGGGGAGGCGUGGGCUCUGCUGCUCAGGAAGGCUGGUGACUGGGCUCCUCCUGGAGUGGUGGAGACAUCACGGGACGGGAGGUGGGCAGCGUUUCAGAUGGCACUUCCUUCCGAUUGUGCAGGCCAGGUCCAGGUCUGCUGCUGGGGGCCAGUGAUUCUGCUGCAGAAGAUGAGGGCCCUUCCGACUGAGGCCCCACCCCGAUAGCCACUGAGUCCCUCCUCCCACAGCCACCCAGCGCACGUCCCUGUUGCCCACUGCACUGAUCAUGAAGGCACUGGCCACUGCCGUGUGUGAGUGUGUGUGUUGCACACAUGCCACCCUGCCCUCCUGAUGGACACCCUAGGGAGUCACCCAGCUGUUUCUCAGUCCCAGGGCUGGUGGUUGGGUUUGGAUUUGUGUUGACUGUUGAUACUUAUUUACUGUAUAAAUAUAAUUUAUCAUUUGUAUCAUGA